UCAUGUCUCGGGAGGACGAGGUUGCAGCUCCUUGCAGGCGGAUGUUUGUGCAGUUCAUGCCUUCCUGAGGCUUUGUUUUGUGUGUACAAACACAUCGCGAGGUGCUUGCUGUGUGACUGUUCAGGAUGUGCCCCCAAGGCAUUUGAGUGGCACUGGAAUUUCAUUAGCAUGCCGUUAAUGAUGUCAUUCUCCUGAAGGGUCUCUUCUUCUCCUGGAAGGUUCAGGACGCAGGGGAUGGAAAUGUUUUCCCUGUUGGUUUCAGUGUUCUCCCUUCACCAUCAGCUGGGAAUGUUUUCCAUGCUGGUUUCAGUGUUCUCCCUUCACCAUCAGCUGGGAAUGUUUUCCAUGCUGGUUUCAGUGUUCUCCCUUCACCCAUCAGUUGGGAAUGUUUUCCGUGCUGGUUUCAGUGUUCUCCCUUCACCCAUCAGCUGGGAAUGUUUUCCCUGUUGGUUUCAGUGUUCUCCCUUCACCCAUCAGCUGCAGCAGCACGCUGGGUUUCCCUGGACUCAAUCUCAAGUCAGGGUCGUGCCCCUCUUUCCAGACCCUUCCCAGUGCUGCUUCCAGCCUGGGAAUCCCAGCACAGGAAGGAUGUGGAGCUGCUGGGAAGAGUCCAGGGGAUCAGAGGGGUGGAACAGCUCUGCUGGAAGAGCUGGGGUUGUUUACCUGGAGAGGAGAAGCUUUGGGGUGACCUCAUUGUGACUUUCCAGUGCUUGCAGGGAGACAGAUGGAGAGGGACUGUUCCCAAGGGCCUGGAGUGACAGGAGAGGGGGGAUGGCUUCAGAGUGUCAGAGGGUGGCUUUAGGCUGGAUAUUGGGGUGAAAUUCCUCCCUGUGAGGGUGGGCAGGCCCUGGCACAGGUGCCCAGAGCAGCUGUGGCUGCCCCUGGAUCCCUGGGAGUGUCCAAGGCCAGGCUGGAUGGGGCUUGAAGCACCCUGAGACAGUGGAAGGUGUUGGAAUGGGGGAUUGAAAUGAGAUGAUUUUUAAGGUCCCUUCCAACCCAAACCAUUUUGGGAUUCUUGUCCUUCUUCACCGGGGCCACGGCCCUGCAGCAGAGCACUUAAACAUGACAACAAAGGCUCUUUGUUGCCACCUCUCAAAGCCCAAGUGCCUCGUUUGCACUCCGUGCUGUCAUUUAGAAAACCCGGAGUUAUUUUGAGCCCUGAAUUGUCCCUGGUGCUGUCAGCAGGGCCACACUCAGAAACGUGCACCUUGCAGGUCACCCUGUCCUGCCCUUGUGCUGCCAGCAUUCCCUUGGAACCUGUCAUUCCCUCUGCACAUCCUGCUGCCAGGCAAUUGUAGGGAUUCAGAGAAACCACAGGAGUGACAGAUGAUUACCUGGAAUCCCAUGGGAGGGGAGCUGGGAGAGGUGACUGCCCACUCCACAGCAUUUUUGUCAUCUCAAUCUCACAGUGGCACUGGUUUUCAAAAGUAGAGCUCGAGGAAGAAAAUGUUGGGGGUUCAAAGCUGUUGGAUGUAAAUGUCAGUAGUUUUUCUUCUCAGUUCUGGAUUGCUCUCACACUGCAGCUGAAAACACCAUUUUUUUGCCUCUAAGAAGUCCAAGAAGGGAGCAUGGACCAGCCCAGUGGAAGGAGUUUCAUGCAAGUUCUGUGUGAGAAAUACAGCCCUGAGAACUUCCCCUACCGCCGUGGGCCUGGCAUGGGGGUGCACGUCCCAGCAACUCCCCAGGGCUCACCUAUGAAAGACCGCCUGAACCUGCCCAGUGUGCUGGUGCUCAACAGCUGUGGCAUCACCUGUGCCGGGGACGAGAACGAGAUCGCCGCCUUCUGCGCCCACGUCUUUGAGCUCGACCUCUCUGACAACAAACUGGAAGACUGGCACGAGGUCAGUAAAAUUGUGUCCAACGUCCCCCACUUGGAGUUUCUAAACCUGAGUUCCAACCCUCUCAGUUUGUCCGUUUUAGAGAGAAGUUGCGCUGGGUCUUUCGCUGGCGUCCGCAAACUUGUGCUCAACAACAGCAAAGCUUCCUGGGAAACAGUGCACACCAUCCUGCAGGAAUUACCUGACUUGGAGGAACUCUUCCUGUGCCUUAAUGACUAUGAAACAGUGUCUUGUUCUCCAGUUUGCUGUCAGUCUCUCAAGCUACUCCACAUAACUGACAAUAAUCUUCAAGACUGGACUGAAAUUCGAAAAUUGGGAAUUAUGUUUCCAUCACUGGACACACUUAUCCUGGCUAACAACAACCUCACCACCAUUGAAGAGUCAGAAGAUUCCCUGGCAAGGCUCUUCCCCAACCUAAGAUCCAUCAACUUGCACAAGUCAGGUCUGCAUUGCUGGGAAGACAUUGACAAGUUAAAUUCUUUCCCGAAGCUCGAGGAAGUGAAAUUGCUGGGAAUUCCUCUGCUGCAGUCUUACACCACCGAGGAACGCAGGAAGCUGCUAAUAGCCAGGUUGCCAUCCAUCACCAAGCUCAACGGCAGCAUCGUGGCCGACGGCGAGCGGGAGGACUCGGAGCGCUUCUUCAUCCGCUAUUACAUGGAGUUCCCCGAGGAGGAGGUCCCCUUCAGGUAUCACGAGCUGGUCACCAAGUACGGGAAGCUGGAGCCCUUGGCAGUGGUGGAUCUGCGGCCUCAGAGCAGCGCCAAGGUGGAGGUUCACUUCCAGGACAAGGUGGAGGAGAUGUCCAUCCGCCUCGACCAGACUGUGGCAGAGCUGAAGAAGCACUUAAAAACUGUGGUGCAGCUGUCAACAAGCAACAUGCUGCUCUUCUACUUGGACCAGGAAGCUCCUUUUGGUCCCGAGGAGAUGAAAUACAGCUCGCGGGCGCUGCAUUCCUACGGCAUCCGGGAUGGGGAUAAAAUUUACGUGGAGCCCAGAAUGAAAUAGCCUUUUUGCCCACACCCACACGCCCCCACACACCCACACACAUGCAUUGAGGAGUUUUUUGCAAGGUUUUUAUUUCAGUUGGUUGGUUGAGGUUUGGUUGUGUUUCUGUAGCAGGUAAUUUCUUAGCCCGGAGGAAGUGCCCUGAUCUGAGAACCAUGCCCACCAUCCACUGCAGGUGACCUUGAGGUGACAAUUGACUUCAGGACGUGUGUUUCAGUGUGGGCAAUACCUUGAUGUUUCCUUUGAUGCUCCGGUAUACUCGUGAUUUGGCAUGAAUGGUCAGUUGUUCAAGCUAAACGAUGCCAGGGUCCAUAAGGGAGGAGACAGCUCGGUGCAGAAUUUGACCUGUUGUUUUCUUUUCCUGAAUUUUUUGGUGUUUUGCUCCACCAGAUCUCCCUUUGGCCUAGCUAUCCAACUGUGGCUCGAGCUUGCUGUAGUAUUUUCUUGCAGCUUGGUGCUGUCUCAACCUUUUCUUGUGCUCGAGUUCACAGGAAAGAUCUCCAUCAGUAUUCUGCUUGAUUCAGAGCUCAGGUACUUUAGUGCAUCCACUUCACUCCACUGGUUUGCUUUUCUUGUGAGUGCACAACAUGGGGGAAAGAAAAAGAACUUCCCAGAAAGAAACUUUCUUUUCAAAGUGCACGCUCUAUAUCCACUUGAUUUUGGGGGGAAAAAAGAGGUUUUGGCUGCUGUACCCAUCUCACACGGUGCCUGCAGCCUGUGGGGAUAAAGGGUGUGUUGGAAAGCGAAUUUUGGGAGGUUGUGGAUGAGCGCUGCAUUGGAAGGGCUUUUAGAACAACAGGUCAACAAGGCAUUCAAGAGCAGCUUCCCCUGUUGUCCAUCCUGAUGCUGAAGAGAUCCUCCGUGCACUUCACCUUGUACCAGUGGGUGCUGCAAGUGGAAUGGCUAAAAUUCCUCUCCUGGGAGAGAGGAAGAGUCAAGUUGAAGUUUGUGUUUGUUGCUGUUGCACCAGUUCAAACCUAGCACUUUGCCCGGGGCCCCUGGCCAGGGGUCCCUGCGUAGGGUCCGAACUCGGAGGAUGUGUUGGCUCGGAUCAGCCUCUGGAAAAGGAGGAACAAAGCAGCUGGACUCACCUUGGGUGUUCAGCAGGUUUCACUC